AUGUCUCCCCGCCCACAACUUCCUACCUUCCCUCCCAUUGGCUCUCCGUCGUCGACCGACACCUCGGCGAGCACGACCGCCACCUCGACCACUGAUACCAGUACACCGACGACUACUACCACUUCUUCAACCACCACUUCUUCGACCACGUCGACAUCCGACACCUCAACCACUUCCUCUACCACUACCUCCACCACCACCUCUUCUACCUCCACCACCACUUCCUCUACAACUUCCACAACUUCCUCCACCUCCUCCACCACUUCUACUACACCAUCAUCUACGUCUACCUCGUCAUCCAUCACUCCAACGACCUCGGCCUCCACCAGUGCCGUCUUCACUACUACGAACUCCAACGGUCAAGUUACCACCUCGACGCAAGUGAUCGUCGUGACUCCAAGUGUCUCUGCGGGCACGGAUAGCAGCGGCCAUAGCAGCAGUUCCAAGGGGUUCUUCCAAAACACUGGUGCAGUUGCCGGCGUCUUUACUGUCGUCGGUCUCGUCGCCCUCGUGCUCUUCAUCGCGAUUGUCACCAAUGCUGUUCGCCGUCGCCGUGCCAAGAAGCUUGACCGCGAGAUCGCCGAAGCCGCCGCAGAGGCUGCUGGAACAACUCCGGCCUUCACUGACGAUGACUACUACCCCGACGAUCGUCUUGGCAAGGGAGGCCCGGGAGGCGACAUGCGCUCGAUGACUACCGGAUACUCGGACACAACUCAUGGCACUUUCGCACAACCUCCGAUGACGCACGGAGGCGAAAGCUACAACUUGGCCGAGCUCGCCCCGUACGAGUACGGUGCUGCUGCUGGCGCUGCUGGUAUUGGCGCAAUGGGGCUGAACAGGGCUCGGAGCAUGGGUGGUGCGAACCAGACCGCGCCUUAUAACGCGUUCGCUGGCCCGCAGCCCCCAUUGCCAAACCCGUACGACAAUUCGUACGACGACCCUGCGAAUGCUUACGGCCAGCAGCAAAACAUGGGCUACCGACAGCGCGGACCUGGCGGCGCCCCAGAAAGGGACCUACUGGAUGCUGCCGGUCUCGGUGCUGUUGGCGGUGCUACCGCUGGAUACGCCGCUGCUCAUCCAGGAUACGGUCAGGUGCAGAAUGGGGGCAACGUCGCCCGCAACCCCAGCCUCGGCCCGUCGUCAGCUACCUCGCCCUCGGAGUAUAGUUCGUACGCGGCGCACCCGCAGCAAGGCUACAUGCAGGACUACAACCCGUACCAGGCUCACCUGAACCAGCAGGCACAGUACAACGCCUUCCAGCAGGGCCCACCCCAGGGGUACGCUCCGCAGGCAGCGUACGGCGCUGCUUCCAGCGGAUCUCCAUCGCAGCAGACUCCGGAGGCCAAUACUAGCCCGCAACGUCCCCUCUCCACUGUUUCUGCAGCAGACCCGUAUGGCGGUUACGUCGACGAGCCCGCGACCCUGGACCCUCGUGGCUCGCUGCCGAGCUACACGAGUCAGCCCCCGCAAGGAGGCGUGCGCGCACCCUCGCCGGCUCCGGAGAAGCUGUUGAGCGGAAACUUCGCAUCGCCGCCAGCAAGCUCGGAAGGCCACGAUCAUGACGACCACAGGGCGAGUUACCAAGACGAAGACGACUAUGGAUAUGAGCCGAAGCGGGUUCUGAAGGUCGCGAACGAGUGA